UCCCUCCGAUAAUUUCCUAUCGCACCCACAUUUCAACACCCACUGCCAGGCCACAUUCAGGGAAGGCUUCGUCCCCCGAUAUCUUCUUCUACCCCUUCGUCCAUAGAACGAGUAACAAGCCCAGAGAAAGUCUCCGUGCUCUCUCCGACGGCGAAGAGGGGACGGUCGCCGAGAGAUGCGACGGCGCCACCUGGUCGCAGAUGGGGGAGAUGGUCCUGAAGACGUCGUUCUCUAGGGUUUUGGGAUGCAUCCUCGCGCCGCCCUGGAGCUGGCCCCGGUGGCGGCAGAACCCCUUCCGGUUCCUCCUCCGCUCCCCCUCCGCCAUCUCCUUCCUCCUCGGCUCCUUCCUCGUGGCCGGCCUCGUCGGAAUCGCCUUCUUUUCGCUUGUUGUCUCCUCCUUCCGCCGCUCCGAUCCGGCUGCCGCCGGCUGCCGCCCCGACAGCGAGGGCUCAUGGUCCAUCGGCGUUUUCUACGGGAAGAGCCCCUUCUCGCUCUCCCCCAUUGAAUUGGAGAGUAGGAGCAACGGUAACAGUUCGGCGUGGCCGGUUGCGAAUCCGGUGCUUACUUGUGCGUCCGCCUCUAACGCAGGCUAUCCGAGCAAUUUCCUCGCCGACCCGUUCCUCCAUAUUCAGGGCAAUACCCUCUACCUGUUCUUUGAGAUGAAAAGUACUAGUACAAUGAAAGGUGAUAUUGGUGUUGCAAGAAGUGUUGAUCAAGGUGCCACAUGGGAAUUUCUGGGCAUUGCUUUAGAUGAGAAAUGGCAUUUGUCUUAUCCAUUUGUGUUCAGCUACGACCAAGAAAUCUAUAUGAUGCCUGAGAGCAGUAAAAAGGGGGAGCUUCGACUUUAUCGAGCAACUCGGUUUCCUCUCAAGUGGACUCUGGAGAAGGUGCUUAUAAGGAAGCCAUUGGUCGAUGCCUCAUUGAUCCAAUAUGAGGGAUGUUACUGGCUCUUUGCUUCAGAUUUUAGUCGGUCUGGGACUGAAAAGAAUGCAGAGCUUGAAAUAUGGUACAGUAGCUCGCCGCUUGGUCCCUGGAAACAGCAUCAAAGAAACCCUAUAUACAGAGGUGACAGAAGCUUGGGAGCUCGAAGUGGGGGAAGACCUUUUAUAUAUGAAGGGUCUCUCUAUCGCCUGGCCCAGAACUGUGGUGGGACCUAUGGCCAAAGGAUCAGAACUUACAAAGUUGAAGAGCUAAGCAAGGAAGAGUUCAGGGAGGUUCCAGUAAAGCUUGGGAUUGAAGAGUCAAGGAAAGGUCGAAAUGCUUGGAAUGGUAUCAGAUACCAUCAAUUAGAUGCACAGCAACUUCCAUCAGGUGACUGGAUUGCGAUAAUGGAUGGAGAUCGUGUUCCUUCAGGUGAUAGUAGAUGGCGAUUUCUCCUUGGCUGCACAUUUGUCCUGCUGCUCUUUUUACUGGUCAUGUUGAUGGGCUCUCUGGUUGGUGCCAUGGACUUCAUUGUUCCUCCAAGAUGUUGCAUGACUUUAAGUGGGAGAAAUGGGCCAUCUUGGUUUUGGUCUCGUCCCCAGUUCAACUUGAAAGUACGAAAACAUUCUGCUGGUAUCAAAAGAUAUGGCUUUGCUUUUAGAGGGAGAGCAAACACUAAAACAUGCUCCAGCAAGCUGGUUCUCUGCCUUCUUGGUUUUGUAGGUGUGAUUUUGGUCUGUAUGGCUGUGCAUUUUCUCUUUGGAGGGAAUGGUGCUGAAGAGGCAUACAUGUACCAGGGACAAUAUUCACAGUUUACUAUGCUUACGAUGACUUAUGAAGCCCGGCUUUGGAGUUUGAAACUAUAUAUCAAACACUAUUCUCGAUGCGCAUCUGUGAGAGAGAUUGUUGUUGUGUGGAACAAGGGAGACCCUCCAAACCGAGAUGAGUUUGAUUCUGCUGUCCCUGUGAGGAUACGUGUGGAAGAGCUCAAUUCUCUGAACAAUCGAUUCAAGAUGGAUCCUCUGAUCAAGACUAGAGCUGUUCUUGAACUAGAUGAUGAUAUAAUGAUGACUUGUAAUGACAUAGAGAAAGGGUUUAAGGUGUGGAGAGAGCAUCCUGAAAGAAUUGUAGGCUUUUAUCCACGACUGGUAGAUGGCAGCCCGCUGAAAUACAGAAAUGAGAAUUAUGCUCGUGGGAAGAAAGGUUACAAUGUUAUACUUACUGGUGCUGCCUUCAUGGACAGUGAAUAUGCUUUCAAGAGAUACUGGAGUGAAGAAGCAAGAGAGGGAAGAGAUUUUGUGGACAAGUCCUUCAAUUGUGAGGACUUGCUGCUGAACUUCUUAUAUGCAAAUGCAAGUUCUAAGAGGACUGUGGAGUAUGUCCAUCCAGCCUGGGCUAUUGAUACUUCUAAGCUGUCAACUGCUGCAAUAAGCCGAAAUACCCAAGUACACUACAAGAUUAGGACAAAUUGCUUGUCAAAAUUUUCUGAGAUGUAUGGCCCUCUUUCCCAACAUAAAUGGGAGUUUGGUAGCAGGACAGAUGGUUGGGAUGUAUAGACUAAUGUAUUGACGUCAGAAAAUAGAGGGACAAAGCAAAGGCAUCAUGGAAAUUUUUGUUUUUGUUGGUCAAAGAAGCGGCUAUUUUGAGAGUCCGUGAUAUUGAAACAUGGGAAGUUUGCUGUAUGCGAAGAGGGAAAGCUAUGUCUUGAGGACCGCCAAGAAAAAUGUACAUUAUUUGAGUUAUUUUGAUCUGAGCAGAGUUACAGCUAACCAGGGGCAAGGUGGACUCAGCAAGAAGUCGAGUGCAACUCUGUAGUUAAAAGAGGCUAUAAGACCUCACAACAACAGCAACAAUAACAACGAAAAUAUUUAUAAGGUUGUAGAAACGAAGUAACCUGUUUACAAAUAGAACUGUUUGUGUGGUUGACUGAUUGCAAAACACUCAAUUAAGCAGUUGCUUGUAAUUCCAUGUCUUUUAUAAUCACUGAGGAUUGCGUUCAUAUACUUUGAUGCCCUUUUUUCGGUGAGCAUAUGCUUCAACACUGUUUUUAUAGCAAUUGUUGCAUGAAUACAUUGUUGUAAUCA